UUUUCGAACGUAAGCCAGUGAGGACGCUGUGUCGAUUUGAAUUUCGAAUUAUCGCGAUUCGAUCGUAUUUUGACAGUUGUAUUUACAAAGUUUUCUUCUGUCGAAGUCGGGAACCUGGUUGUUCUAAAAUCGAAUUUUAUGAGUGGACAGUGCAAAAUUGUGUGAAAAAAGUUGGAUUAUUAUAAAUUGUGAAUGAAGUUUACUUUGUCGGUGACGUUUUCGUGAAUGCAAAAGAAGUGUAACCUACAUCCUGGGCGCGAAACGCUUCAAGUGAAAGUUUAAAUACACAGUUUUUGUUGAACCUGCCGCGUCUCGAAGUUUGAAUAUUUGUGACUGUUUGUUAUAAUUGAAAAAGUUCCGGACACUUAUGGGAAGGAACGCAUCUGCGUGACCCGAAAACUGUGAUAGAAAUAAACGAUUUACGAGAUUUAUUUCGUCUUUGAAGUUGUGUUCCGUAGAAUGAUUAAUCGUGUGUGUAUGAGGAUGCGUUUCGGGGAGAGUUAGAGGGGAAACGGUGUGGACUUUUUUGGGCUUUAUGAGGGAGAGACGGUCUUUUCCGAUAAGCAGCGAAGUGGCGUUGAAGAAUGAUAAGGAUGGAACUGGGAAGCAUGUGGUGAACUCUGUGCUUUGUGGUGUUGUUGAUGAACUGUCGAACGGUCGGACGGGUCGAAGAGGCUCGUGGGUGCGCCACGCAGUCAUGGGGGUUCUCAGAUGGAAGGAUCUGACCGGCGUGAGGACCAGCACGCCCACUGAUCAGAAAGAGGUAUUUUGGGACAACCAUAAGUCGGUGUCACGGCCCGAGAAUCGUCGGUCGGUGUCAGUGGGGGCGGCGGGCGCCACAGAGAGGCACUCGUACGCCGAGGGGCGGGUGCCGGCGCCCCAUGGGCCGCCUCCCUCGCCAGGGGCGGCGGCGGCGCAGCGCCGGGUCGCCGCCGCCUGCCAGGCCAGCAGAAAGCUGCUAGAGGAGACGCUUGCGAAGCCUGGUACCCCUCCCAUGAUAGUGCAACCUCCAAGCGGGGGCUACUGGGUGGACGGCGUAGAAGAAGCGCAGGACGGCGAAGAGCCUGAGGCGCGCGCGCAGCCGGGCACGCCGCGGCAGGCGUCGCGGCGGCACAACAUCGACACGGACGACACCGCCAAGUAUUACAGGCGGUUCUUUCUUGGGAAGGAACACAUAAACUUGGUGGGGUUUGAUGAGAGCCUGGGCCCUGUGGUGAUGUCCCUGAAGAAUGAACAUGUAGCUGGCCAGGACCACACCAGGAUACUGCUCAGGCUUCGCACGGAGACCAUGCACGGACUUAUACCCACCACUAGAUCAAGCAUAAUGCCGUCGCCACUAAAAAUGGCGAAGAUGCUGAACGAGCAAGUGAACGUGGACAACUUCAUGGCGGUGAUGUGCCUGAACGCGUCGCAGCUGAUCGCGGCAUAUGACGAGCAUGUCCUCGUGAACAGCUUCAAGUUCGGAGUACUGUACCAGAAGCAUGGACAGACGACCGAGGAGGAGCUGUUUGGGAACAACGAAACGUCGCCCGCGUUCGACGAGUUUCUUGAAAUGCUGGGGCAGAGGAUUAAGCUGAAGGAUCACAAAGGCUACCGAGGGGGCCUGGACAUCAUGAACGGGCACACCGGCACCGAGGCGGUGUACGAGCAGUACUACAACCGGGAGAUCAUGUUCCACGUGGCGCCGCUGCUGCCCCACACCGCUGGAGAUGCACAGCAGCUCCAGAGGAAACGCCACGUUGGGAACGACAUCGUUGCUAUUGUCUUUCAGGAGAAAGCAACUCCGUUUACGCCUGACAUGAUAGCUUCGCACUUUCUACAUGCCUUCAUAGUGGUUACGCCCGUAGAGUCAGCGGCAGGGGAGACCAGGUACAAAGUGGCCGUCACCGCUCGUGUGGACGUACCAUUCUUCGGGCCGACUCUCCCGCAGCCGCCGAUCUUCAAAAAGGGGCGUGAACUGAAAGAGUUUCUUCUGACCAAACUUAUAAACGCUGAGAACGCUUGCUAUAAAGCUGAGAAGUUCGCGCAACUGGAAUUGAGGACUCGCGCGUCUCUUCUCAUGAACUUGGCUGAUGAUCUGAAGACUAAGACGGUGGAGUUCCUUGGGACUGGAGCGAGGAUAGAGCCGGGGGCAGUGUCGCCGCAGCCAGAAGGCACGCCCAGGCAGGAUGGACCAGGGGCGCGAUUCAUUGAUACGGUUAAAAAGGCGCUCAUCUCUAAAGUGAGAUCACCGAGUGUAGACACGAAUCUCUCUGGCGACAGCAAUAAGAAUCAUCAAAUCAAAAACAAAAUAUCCUCGCAUGAAACUCAUACCCCUAACAGCGGGCGUUCCAAAUCGUCGAUACCUUCGUCGUCAGCGAGCGCGGUGUCGGUGCGCUCCGCCGGCGGCUCGGGCGAGUCGAGCCCCGACGUGACGUCACGCGCGGUGCCCCCGCGGCCCCCGCUGCAUGACCAUAGCGAUGAUUCCAGCUUGAACUCAGUAGACUUGGACCCAUUAGGUGCCGUCUACGUGGACAGCGACACGGGGCUAGAAUCGAUGUCAUCAGCUGAGGCUGGUGCAAACACGCGCGGGGAGCCGAUGGCGGCGCCGCGGGCCGACGCGGACCAGUUGAGGCAGGAGGUGUGCAGGCUGAAGAACGACAAGUUGGACUUGUUGAAGCAGAAUAUUACCUGGCAGCAUGAGAUAAAAUGCCUAAAAGAGCGCGAGAUUGCGCUACAGGCAGAACUAGCGGCCGCCGCGAGAGAAGUGAGGAGACUUCGCGACCAGCAAGCCACGGGGACCACCAUCCCCAACCCUUCCACGCACGACUCCACCGCUUAGAACAAAACCAGUCCGGUGUGUGCGGAACCAGAGCUUAUUGCGACGCAAUAGAGCCCCAAUUUACUUAACGUAGAUACGGCUGACGGCCGUAACGGCUAGCGAAAACCGAUUGGCUGAAACAGCUUUUGUUGGGAGAGAAGCGAUUGCUUUCGAAAUACUGAUUUAAGAACAGAAUAGGUUCGAUUAUAAUCUGUGUUGCGACGCAAUAGAGCUCAUGCCAAUAUCUGUAAUCAUAUGAUAUUUAAUGAGUUUGAGUAAGAUCUGAAGUUGUGUAAAAAGAUGAUCGAGGAGUUAGUAAGGAAUUGUAAUUUUCAGUAAAAAAACAAGAUUUUUGGAUUCACAUUUAUGUAGACUUAGCGGAUCGAUGUUGAAUUUCAUACACUAAAUCUAUACUCUAACUUUCACCUUCAUUUUCUAUCAGUGAUAUUAUAUUCCCUACAGCGUUGAUUGUGUUCAUACAAAGACAGUAUGACAUUUUAUAGUGCAAUAACUUAAAGGAGCAUGUGCAUAUUUUUUAUUUUUGUCACCGUAUAAGAGAUAUUUAUUCCGUUUAUUAUUUUGCAUGAAAGUACGGACGUAACCUAUUUUUUUUACAUCGUGACUUUACAAUUUACAUAACACAUUGUAUGUUUGUUUAAUGACCCAGUAACAUGCUUUCUUGUCAUCUUUGACUGACAUACAUAAGAUGCUAACAAUCUAUUAGAUAUAUUAUACGAAUUUCAGUAGCUAAUUAUAGAGAAUAUGAUUCGAAUCUUUUAUAUGUCGUUAUACCAAAACUGAUUUGUAUGUCUACUGAGCUAAUCGCUUUGUAAAUGUUGUGAUAAUGUAGACAUAAUUCUUUAUAAAUAUAUAUUUAUAGUGGAAAUAGAUAUUUAUUCAUAAUAAUGUAUACUGGCAUAGAUAAAUGUAUGAGAAAUAACCUUUUCGUUUUUACAAGGAAGAAAUCCGCGCAAAAUGUAUUAGUAUCAUCUCAACUGUAGGAUUUAGUGAAAUAUUUAGAUUAUUAAAUGUAAAUCCAUUUGUAUUCGUUGUUAUUUACAACUUUAUAUUCAUCGUUUGCAAAAAAAUUAGCAUCAUGUGUAACAACUAAAAAAAAUUGAACUGAGUUACGUAAAAAUUCAGUAAUUUAGGAUAAUAAUUAUCUCAAAAUCUCAACGUUGUUGAUGAAAAUGUAAAUUAAAAAACUGAAUUUAGAGUUAAUAAAAACGGUACCUACUAACUAGGCCUUGGAAAUUGUAUUAGGAAGCCUAUACAGGUUGUAAUCAUCAGAUCGGUAAAACUAUGACAGUUACUUUAGAAUUUAGAACAUAAUUCUUUUCAUUCAUGAUACUGUUUGAACUUUUGCCAACUCUUUGAUUACACUCUGUAUACUUAUAUGGUGCAUUAGAGAUUCAUAUAUCUAAAGAAAUAAUCAUAUACUAUGUUACAUAGUUCAAUUUAUAUUGUAUAGAAAUCUCCCAGUACGAGUUCGAUAUUUAUUUUUAUUAUUUUCGCCGCACAGUGCAAUUUUUCAGUUUCACGAAGUCAAACAUAAAUACAUAAGUGACAUUUCAAUGUUUCCUUCGAGUAUACAAAUUUAAGUUUACCAGUUGAUUGUAAAUAUAUUUGAACUGGACCUAGGCUAUUAAUUAAACAGUAUUUUUCUUAAUUUAUACUUGAUUUAAGUCUCGUUCGUCGAGUGUCUUUGUGUUUGAAAUAUGUUAUGUUGUUUAUAAUUAAUAUUUUAUACCAAAGUUAACAUUCCCCACUAAAUAGCAUAGUUUUUUUAAUUAUUACCGUAUAGAUGAGACAGUAUUUCAUUCUUUCGCGGUGUUUGGACAGUAGAAGUCUAAUCGUAGUGUUGUAGUCCGACCAAGCAUUAAAAUUUGAUUUGAUUUCUUUAUGUGCACUUAAUAAUUAGUAGUGUUUGGUGUAGUUCUUUCAAAUGUUUGGUCGCAAUAUCACACUACGUUUAUUUAACUAUAAUAAUACUGUACCGUUUUCAUCGCUUGAUAGUUGACAGAUCAUGCUAGCAUUACAUCUAAGUUUACAUUUAGUUUUUCUAUUAAAUGUAAUCCAUUGGAUUUUUGUUUGACUGUUGAUUAUGAAUAAGUUAAUUGUAAUUAACACUAACUGUUGAUUCGUCUUCA